AUCUCUCUGCAGUGGAGAGAAGCGACAAGGUAGGCUGUCAUUCUGCAAAAGCUGCUCAGAACUGGCUUUCCUCUGAAAAGCAGUGCCAUUCCUUUUUAGAGACUGAAUCUAAAUGUUGUCUCUGGAGACAAGAAGCCUUCAGUAUGUUCAAUUACUUCAUUACGUUUUUCAGACGCUUAUUGAUUCCACAGUAGGAAGAGUGAGAGACUGCAGCAGCCUCUCGGCAGCACCACACGUCCCAUACAUUAGCAGGACCGCUGAGACAAUGGCACAGUACAGACACAUAUUUUCAUUAAGGUCUUUUCUGAAGAGAUGUUUAUGACCCUCUUCCCCCAGUCCUCUGCUAACAAGUGAACAAAAUGAAUCAAUCAAAACUGGAAACGCUUCAACUACAUCAGGAAUGUAUCAAAUCUUUAGCGGAGGGCCCACAGCAGCUAAUUCAGUAUUUACAAGUGACAAUAUGAAGAAUGCAUCUGAUCAAACAUCUCUAUAGCUGCCUGAACCAAAAACUGCAGGAUAUUCUUCUGACACAUGAAUUUAAGACAUUAAGGAGUUAAAACCAGAAAAUACACGUCCACAUUACUGCUGGGAUAUAACACAUGGACAGCAAUCAUCCUAAGAAGAUGCUAUAUAAAAUAGACACAAAAAGAAAAACAAUUUAACUGCGAAAGCCUGAGAACAAAAUGGUGAGCAUUUUUAAAAGGGGAGUUUAUACUUUAACAUACCGGGAUUGUGGAGCUGUUUCCUGAAGAAACAAUGAGGCAUGGAAUGCCAAAAAGAGAAUGCCAUAUAUUAGCAGCAAGCUAAAUAAAGCUUUAUCAUGUAUUUUCUGCACUAAAUAUUCAGAUAUUCAUAGCACUUGAUAUUACUAAAGGAUUUUUUCAUCUGAGUUUUAGGACUAUGUAUCCUCUUCUAAUGAAAACAAAUCAAAUUAAAUAGCAGAUGGUUUUUAUCAAAAGAACAUGGACUGGAUUUAUAAUACAAAGCAAGUUAUGUGAUCAAGAAAUCAUUUCAAACUAAUGAGGACUGCUAUAGAUACAGAUUUACAUUUGUAACAGAAGGAUGUCGAAAUACAUUUUAGAAGCUAGAAACCGUAUGUCUCCUUUUUUGUUUUCACAUGUUCUGGAAAAUAAAGAGACACUAUCAUAUAUUCCCUCAAAGGGAAACACAAUUCCUAUAAUUUGAGGAAGUUUCUCUUGGUCGUGACUUUUUAAGGCAAAACAAACACAAAUAUUUUGUACUGGUCUUUAGAAAUCCAUCAGCCAACUAAAUCUCACAAUUCAUGCAGUUUGAAGUAUUGGAGAGAAAAUGAAAGAAUUUCUACAAGACAUGAAAUAAAACACAGCUACUUCACUGUUGUCAGGUAAAAAUUCAUGUCAAAAUCUGUCAAUGACAUCAUGAAUCAAUUUGUGAAAACCUGCUAUAGUGAGCCAAAAGGCCAAUAAGGCAGCAGCAAACAGGUAGGUCAGAAGAUGCAUGCACCGUACCACACUGUUUAACAUUUACAAAAGAAAACAAUCUUGCUCUAGAGGAGACACGUUUUACUUAGUUACCCUCUAACUUGGCAUUUCUGCUUCAUCUAAUUAUAAAUCUGAUGACAAAGACCUGAUGUUUAAUCUGUCAGUUCUGAAAAUCUGGCACACUUAAAAUUUUCCAUUUUCAUAUGAUUUCACUGUUAGCUAAGACUUUCAUUUGAGUAUAUGCCUUUAGUAAUACUAUAUACCAAGCUCAAAGGAAUUAAUAAUGUUAUCAUCUGUGUUUCUGAAAUAUCGCCCCUAAAAUAAUAUGCAUAAAUAAAAUUGUAUUCUAAAAGCUAUCGAAGAUUAUACCAAGUGAAAGGUUAACAUGAAUCUUGGAAAUUAUUAGUCUUUAUAAUUUAUGUUUGAUUAUGAUUUUGUAGUCAAAACGCUGUACUUGAAAUGUGAAAUAUAGUUGGUUGUAUGAUUUUAUGUUAACUGAAUAUAAUUAUUACUGACCUGUUAGCCCAGAAAGUCAGACAUUAUUUUUAUAAAUUAUUCUAACCCUCUAUAUAUUAAAAUAUAGAUUUAUAUGAAUUGGCAAAAGAGCUUAUUUUUUAAUUGUUUUUAAUUGUUGUUUUCCUCAAAAUUAUACACACCGGGUGAUUUAUUUACAAAAGGUUUCACAUGGAAUGUAUAACUUUAAAAAAGAUUCCUCAGAAAAUGGGCUUUCAGAUACUCCUUUUCCAAAAUUUCAUGUUUUACUUUAAAAAUCCUGUUUAAACAUAUAAAAUCAAAUGAUAUGGCCUUUUAAACCACUCCAAAAAUGAUUAUUACUUAACAUGAUAUUAAAUUUCAAUUUCUUUCUUCCACAAUAAAUGAGAGGGUGUGGUCACAAAAUAAAUCAUUCACUGGAGUGAUUAGUACUCAUUUACCAAGUUUUGUGGUGUUCUACUUUAACAUAAUGUCCUUUCUGAUCCAAUUUUUAUUACAUAAGUUUGUCCAUUAUGAAGUUUGAUGAGCAUUUGCACUACAAAAUAUGUAAUAUUUAUCAUUUGCCUACUUUCUAGGGGAGAGAGUUCCAAAUAUCCCCAAGCACACUGUAGACUCCUGAAUAAGAGUUUCAACCAAGAACAUGGACAAAAUGAUUUUAAACAACUAGGGCUCUGUGCCAUUUAUCAUUUUAAAUGAACUUUUGUCCUGUUCAUUUGAAAUCUCAUGAGAAUAAUUACACCUACACUAAUUAUGCUAGAACAUAUUAAAAUAGCAUUUAUUACCCACCUACUCACAACACUUUAAAAUGAAAUAUUAAAACACCAGGCUAAAAUUAGUUUUGCAUACUGAGUAGUUUUAUUGUACAAAAAGAUACCAUAUCUCAAAAAGCCUGAAAAACCCAAAUGAGGAAAAUCUUUGGGGAUCUUGAGUUAUUUUCAACUAUGUAGGAGUUAAAGGGAAAAUCCAAUUCCCUGUUACAUCAAAACAAUGCAACCUCGAUGUCUCCUAAUUCUGCCUUUGCCAUUAAUAGUUUAGAAACUUAAAAAUUAAGCCAAGUACACAAUAAAAAAACUUUUUUUUAAAAAACAAGGAACACAUGUUUUAUACGUCAUUUAAAUUGCCAAAUAUCAAAGAGUUUAUUCUAUUUCACUUUCUAGGAAAAACACCAACUGCUCCAAAAGAAUGUGUUUUUCUCCCAUUCUGGAAAUCAACAUGCAGUCUGAAUCUAACAUUACAGUGCGAGAUGACAUUGAUGACAUCAACACCAAUAUGUACCAACCACUAUCAUAUCCAUUAAGCUUUCAAGUGUCUCUCACCGGAUUUCUUAUGUUAGAAAUUGUGUUGGGACUUGGCAGCAACCUUACCGUAUUGGUACUUUACUGCAUGAAAUCCAACUUAAUCAACUCUGUCAGUAACAUUAUUACAAUGAAUCUUCAUGUACUUGAUGUAAUAAUUUGUGUGGGAUGUAUUCCUCUAACUAUAGUUAUCCUUCUGCUUUCACUGGAGAGUAACACUGCUCUCAUCUGCUGUUUCCAUGAGGCCUGUGUAUCUUUUGCAAGUGUCUCAACAGCAAUCAACGUUUUUGCUAUCACUUUGGACAGAUAUGACAUCUCUGUAAAACCUGCAAACCGAAUUCUGACAAUGGGCAGAGCUGUAAUGCUAAUGAUAUCCAUUUGGAUCUUUUCGUUUUUCUCUUUCCUGAUCCCCUUUAUUGAGGUAAAUUUUUUCAGUCUUCAAAGUGGAAAUACGUGGGAAAACAAGACACUUUUGUGUGUCAGUACAAAUGAAUACUACACCGAACUGGGAAUGUAUUACCACCUGCUAGUACAGAUCCCAAUAUUCUUUUUCACUGUCAUAGUAAUGUUAAUCACAUACACCAAAAUCCUUCAGGCUCUUAACAUUCGAAUCGGCACAAGAUUUUCAACAGGGCAGAAGAAGAAAACAAGAAAGAAAAAGACAAUUUCUCUAACCACACAGCAUGAGACUACAGACAUGUCACAAAGCAGUGGUGGGAGAAAUGUGGUCUUUGGUGUAAGAACUUCAGUCUCUGUAAUAAUCGCCCUCCGGCGAGCCGUGAAACGACACCGUGAGCGACGGGAAAGGCAAAAAAGAGUCUUCAGGAUGUCUUUAUUGAUUAUUUCUACAUUUCUUCUCUGCUGGACACCCAUUUCUGUUUUAAAUACUACCAUUUUAUGUUUAGGCCCAAGUGACCUUUUAGUAAAAUUAAGGUUGUGUUUUCUAGUCAUGGCUUAUGGAACAACUAUAUUUCACCCUUUAUUAUAUGCAUUUACCAGACAAAAAUUUCAGAAGGUCUUGAAAAGUAAAAUGAAAAAGCGAGUUGUUUCCAUAGUGGAAGCUGAUCCUCUGCCUAAUAAUGCUGUAAUACACAAUUCUUGGAUAGAUCCUAAAAGAAACAAAAAAAUUACCUUUGAAGACAGUGAAAUAAGAGAAAAAUGUUUAGUACCUCAGGUUGUCACAGACUAGGGAAAAAUCUAAGUUUCAUUAAGCCCACAUUUAAAUUGUAAAAAAAUGAAAUUACUGCCAAAUAUAAGAAAAAACAUUUUAAGUAUUGGUUAUGUUGUAAAUUUUUGAUGUAAAUGUCAAGAUUAGAUUAGGUCAUAUAUAUUCAAUUUCUUCAUUACAAUGUAUUUGUUGCAUGGCAGUCUGUUAAAGUAAUAUUGUGUAUAUUUUGUCAAUACUAUGUCCAUCAGAAGAUAUUCAUGUAAGUCAUAUUUUCUAAAUAAUAAAUACAUAGCCUUAAAACAGUGUAUAACUUUAAAAUGUAACUGACACAGGUAUCCCUUUCUUUUUUUUAUGAGGUGUAUUUGUUUCUACGCCACAAGCUAUAGAGCUAUUUAUAUAAAUGACAAGUGGAAUAGCACUUUAAUAUAAGAACAAAAAUUAUGGUCUCCAAUCAAAAUAAUUCAGAAUUUUCUAUGUCACUACAUUAUGUUUUCUGGUAUAGUAUACUCGCUAUAAUAUUUGAUGCAUCAAAAAUAAUGAACUAUGUGUGAAACUUUAUCCUUUUUUUUGAAUGCAGAAAAUUGUAGAAUUUAUCAGGAUUUUAAAAUUUAAGAACCAAGAAACAACCCUGUAUAUAUACUCUAAGAUAGGGAAACUUUGAAAUUCAAGUUUAUUAUGAAAAAGAGAUUGAUUUUCUAAGAUCAAGGGCACUAUGCCUAUAAAUAUAUGAAUAAACCGACAAUAAAGGGAAGGAAGAAAAUUAAAGCACUAGCCUCUUUUCUUCCUUCCUCACUUUGCUUGAGUCUAAGCCAAAUGUUCUGGAUUAAUAUAGUAUACUGGUAAAAACCAGUGCAUUAAAUAAACUAACUUCCUAACUUUAUUUAAGUCAGCCUUUUUGUAUACCAGAAGUCAGCUGUUAAAAUCUGAAUAAAAGAAAGAAAAAAAGACUUUCUAUCAUUGUAGAGAAGCUGCACAAAGCCAAUGAUUUCUAAUUUUAGAUAUAUAGCAACUUUAGAGUUAUAAAAUUUACACAAGUUUCCUAUACUACAAUAACUUCCAAAUGUUUCAAAGAACAAUAGUUCUAUUUCCAUUCUUAAAAUCAUGUAAGUGGCAAUAAAUCUUGUCAAUUUUUUUACUUUACUCCACUUAAUCUAACUUUAAUCUUUGUGUCUCCGAUCUUCAAUUCAUGUUGGAACUCUAUGAAAUUACUAAUCCUAACUACAGAUAAAAGGUUUGGGAAUCUCAUAUCAAACAAAUAUUUUCCAACUGUUAUAAUCUAGUAAUCUAUCAGUGAGUGCUAAUUACCACUAUAUCAGAAAAACAGCAAUAAGUUAUUUUAAAUAGGCAAAUACAGUUCUUGCUACCUUAUAAUUAAUAACUGGGCAACUUUUUAUUCUAUUUUUUUUAACACUGUGUCCAUCAAAUUAAGUAACAACUCAUCUUUAAAUAAAAUUCUAUGUCAAGGAAUUCAAUAAUACAUUACUUUUACAUAAGUAAGUGAGGUUGAGAUUUACCCAGUCUAGUUUACUGAAUACAUUAAUCCUUGAGAGAAAUGAACACCAUGCAAUAGCUUGAAUUUCCUGAGGUUACAUGGGAAAUUUAAUGUGAUUUAUUUUUGAUAAUGUUAACAUGUCAAAUCUUAGCAAAGGAACAGUGUCCUUCUUUCUUGUUUUCUACUUUCAUGGAAUUAAAGAUAUACUUCAAUUUGACAAAAUUAGCAUAAGAAAAUAGACAUUUUUCAGAACCCUGUAGAGAAAUUAAGACUUCAUAGGUAAGGGUAUUAAAAUUUUUUUCAUUCAGUAAACAUAUUUGGCACAGAAUAUCUCUUAAUAUAGCCAUUAAAAUUUUUUAAACUAAUUUUAUACUUAAACUUCCAAGCAUAAAUUAUAAUUGUAUUUAGUUUUAUAAUCUUCAUAAAAAUUAGACUAUUUUUAGAAUUUUCAUAUUAAGAGAAACCCUUUGUGUCUUAAAUAUUUUUAGUCUUCAAGUCUAUAAGCAUGCCAAAGAAUUUGGUUAAAAAACAUUUUAAAAUAUAUUUGCCUAAACUGCUUUCAUGCCCUCUUGUGUUCUGUAAUAAGAAAUCUAACAAAAUAAUAAAUGGCAAAUAUUAUAAUGUUGCCUUCUAAACUGUUAUUAUUUCUACGCUUGACACUAGAACAGACAAUUAACAAGCAUUUUUGCCCUCCUGUAAUGGACUUUCAAGUAUUCAAAAGUAACAUCCACUGUUUCAACAAAGAAAAUUCAUACCUACCAAACAACUUCUAAUUGCUUUUUAAUGUUAAAUAGUAUGUAAUAUGUAAACCAAAAUAAUAUUUAUAUUAGAGGAUCAGCUUUUGAAAACAAGUCACAAAUAUGCUUAAAAUUAAUGACCUCAGCUUAAAUAAGAGAAUGAGAAGCUUAGACAACUUUAAGUGUUUGUUCUAUGAAAAGGUGAAGUAUUUUUAUUUUCCUCAUGAUGGGCUUCACCAAAAUGUGUGUGUCUUUCACUGUAUUUCUAAUAAUUUUAUGA